AUGUAUCCAAAGUCCUCAAACUUGUAAUAUAUAAAACCUCUUGCAAUCAAAUGUAUAGAUAAUUAUGCAAUGAACCAAAAUUUCUGGAGAUUAUAUUUCGAUUUACAUUGUUUUACUUGUUAAAAGGAGGAAUAACCAAAUAAAGGAUUUACUUGUAUUAAGUGUAUUCAGGAUUAUUAUAUGGAACCUUUAAGGUCUAUAGAAAGAGGGUCAUGUAUUACUUGCCCUUUGCUAUGUUAGGUUUGUGAAUAAAUUACAACAUAAGAGAGUUAAGUAUGAAAUAGAUAACAAUUUUAGAAUAUUAAUCCUGCAUAUGAAAUAAAUGAUUACAAUAGAAAGUAUACUUAUAAAUGUAUUCAAAAAAGGCAAGAUUAAAAUAUCAUUAUUGAUCCUUAUUAAUAAAUAGCUAAAUAUUGCAUAAAUGAUAUUUGUGACAAUCUUAUUUAAUAUUAAGUAUAUUUAAAAUGAUAAUUAGAUAAACAAUAAUUUUGAAGAUUUGAAAGUAAUAUUUGAUGGAUAGAGGCCUUUUUCUGAUGAAUUUUAUUUUGAAUACUUAAAUCAUAUUGGAGCAUAAAUAUUUAAGUUAAUCAUUCCUAUUCAAAAAUUUUGUAACUCAGAUGAAAUAAUUGUAUAAUCAUUAACUAACUAAUUAAAAAAAAGAAUUUUUUCCUUAUUUUGGGUAGAGUUGACAUUUCUAGGCAAUCACUCUCCAUCAACUUAUUAACCAAUAAUAAAAAUCAAAAACUUUGAUUCUAUCAGUUUCAACUAACUAUUAUUUAUUAUAUUGUAAUCCUUGGAAUUAUUUAUACAUAAUUAUGAUGCUCCUACUAAUUCAAUACUUACUGAUUCUAAAUUUAUGGCAAAUAAUUAAGAUUAACUAAAAUUAUCAAUUUAAACAGAAUAAUGUCACUAUUUUGAGAUCAGAAAUAUCCGAUUAAGUGACAUAAAUAUUGUAAAUUCUGUUGUUUUAAAUUAAAAUUGA